AUGUUUCGUACAAUAGAAUCAAAAUGCAUUUUCUUUGUUUCCUUAGGCUUCCAUCUCAGUGGCACAGUAACUGAGCCAGCCACUUCUUCUGAACCACCAGUGACUUAUAAAGUUGCAAUCAGUUUUGAUCGAUGCAAAAUCACUUCAGUGACAUGUGGCUGUGGAAACAAAGACAUAUUCUACUGUGCUCACGUGGUAGCACUUUCGCUCUACAGGAUUCGUAAACCAGACCAAGUUAAAUUGCGCCUUCCUAUCUCAGAGACCCUUUAUCAGAUGAAUAGGGACCAGCUACAAAAGUUUAUUCAGUAUUUAAUCACAGCGCAUCACACAGAAGUUCUUCCAACUGCACAGAAACUGGCAGAUGAGAUUCUUUCCUCCAACUCAGAAAUCAAUCAAGUAAAUGGUGCCCCAGACCCCACAGCUGGGGCCAGCAUUGAUGAUGAGAACUGUUGGCAUUUGGAUGAAGAACAGGUGAAAGAACAAGUUAAGCUCUUUCUUUCUCAGGGUGGUUACUAUGGUUCUGGAAAACAACUGAAUUCAAUGUUUGCCAAGGUUCGAGAGAUGCUGCGGAUGAGAGAUUCUAAUGGAGCCAGGAUGCUGACUCUAAUAACUGAGCAAUUUAUGGCUGACCCACGACUCACUCUUUGGAGGCAGCAAGGAACAAGCAUGACAGAUAAGUGCAGGCAGCUCUGGGAUGAGUUAGGGGCCUUAUGGGUGUGCAUCAUCUUAAAUCCACAUUGUAAACUGGAGGAAAAAUCCUGUUGGCUGCAGCAACUGCAGAAGUGGAAUGACCUGGAUGUCUGUCCCCUAGAGGAUGGAAACUAUGGCCAUGAAUUGCCUAACAUCACCAACGCACUUUCUCAGAAUGCUGAUCACAGCCCAGACUCUUUAUCCAGACCAAAACGAACAGUGUUCACUAGAGCCAUCGAGGGCCGUGAAUUGCACUGGCAGGACAGCCACUUACAGCGAAUAAUCAGCAGUGAUAUAUAUACAGCUCCUGCCUGCCAGCGGGAAAGUGAGAGACUACUCUUUAAUUCCCAAGGCCAGCCGUUGUGGCUUGAGCAUGUGCCUACAGCUUGUGCUCGAGUUGAUGCUUUGCGUUCCCAUGGUUAUCCAAAGGAGGCCCUCAGACUCACUGUAGCCAUCAUCAAUACUCUGAGGUUACAGCAACAGCGGCAGCUGGAAAUUUAUAAGCAUCAGAAAAAAGAACUGUUGCAAAGAGGCACCACAACCAUCACAAACCUGGAAGGCUGGGUGGGCCACCCACUGGAUCCCAUUGGCUGUCUGUUCCUCACUUUGACUGAGGCCUGCUGCCUGAAUGACGAUGGCUAUUUGGAAAUGUCAGAUAUGAAUGAAAGCAGAGCACCUGUGUAUCAGCAUGUACCUGUGACUCCAGACUGCAGCAGUGAAUCCUACCUGUCAUUGGCCCUGGAAGUGGCUCUGAUGGGGAUGGGUCAACAGAGAGUGAUGCCUGAGGGCCUCUAUACACAGGACAAAGUUUGUCGUAAUGAGGAACAACUCCUAAGUAGACUUCAAGAGCUGCAGCUGGACAAUGAGCUAGUGCAAACACUGAAGAAACAGUGCAUCUUACUACUGGAAGGAGGACCCUUUAGUGGACUGGGUGAAGUCAUUCAUCGAGAGAGUGUUCCCAUGCAUACUUUUGCUAAGUAUUUGUUCUCUGCUCUGCUGCCUCACGACCCCGACCUGUCCUAUAAGUUAGCCUUACGUGCCAUGAGGUUACCUGUUCUAGAAAACUCAGCUUCUGCAGGCGACACUCCCCACCCUCACCACAUGGUGUCUGUGGUGCCCACUCGUUAUCCUCGCUGGUUCACGCUUGGACACUUGGAAUCUCAGCAGUGUGAACUGGCCUCCACUAUGCUGACUGCUGCCAAAGGGGACACUCUGCGGCUUCGCACAAUACUGGAAGCAAUACAGAAGCACAUCCAUUCAUCCUCCCUCAUCUUCAAACUGGCCCAAGAUGCUUUCAAGAUCGCCACUCCCACAGACAGCAGUACUGACAGCACCCUACUCAAUGUUGCCCUGGAGCUGGGGUUACAGGUGAUGAGGAUGACCUUAUCAACCCUUAACUGGAGGCGCCGGGAGAUGGUGCGGUGGCUGGUGACAUGUGCAACAGAAGUGGGUGUGCGCGCCCUGGUGAGCAUCUUGCAGAGCUGGUACACGCUCUUCACCCCCACCGAGGCCACGAGCAUCGUGGCGGCCACGGCCGUGUCCCACACCACUAUCCUGCGCCUCAGCCUGGACUAUCCCCAGCGGGAGGAGCUGGCCAGCUGUGCCCGCACCCUGGCCUUGCAGUGCGCCAUGAAGGAUCCCCAGAGCUGCGCCCUGUCCGCCCUCACUCUCUGUGAGAAAGACCACAUCGCCUUCGAGGCCGCCUAUCAGAUAGCCAUCGACGCUGCUGCCGGAGGCAUGACGCAUUCGCAGCUCUUCACCAUCGCCCGCUACAUGGAGCUCCGCGGCUACCCGCUCCGUGCCUUCAAGCUGGCCUCGCUGGCCAUGAGCCACCUCAACCUGGCCUACAACCAGGACACGCACCCGGCCAUCAACGACGUGCUCUGGGCCUGUGCGCUCAGCCACUCUCUGGGCAAGAACGAGCUGGCGGCUCUCAUCCCCCUGGUGGUGAAGAGCGUGCACUGCGCCACCGUGCUCUCGGACAUCCUGCGGCGCUGCACGGUGACCGCGCCGGGCCUGGCUGGCAUCCCCGGCCGCCGCAGCUCUGGCAAACUCAUGUCCACUGACAAAGCCCCGCUGCGCCAGCUGCUGGACGCCACCAUCAACGCCUACAUCAACACGACGCACUCACGCCUGACGCACAUCAGCCCGCGCCACUACGGAGAGUUCAUUGAGUUUCUGAGCAAGGCGCGGGAGACCUUCCUGCUCCCCCAGGACGGCCACCUGCAGUUCGCCCAGUUCAUCGAGAACCUCAAACAGAUCUACAAGGGCAAGAAGAAGCUGAUGCUGCUGGUGCGAGAGCGCUUCGGCUGAGAAAGCGGGACAGCUCACUGCCGGUCAGUUGGGCACCCAGGUACCGUCGCGUGCAAGCCGAGGACACCGAACUAUCUGUCCACCCUGAGAGGACUCUGAGCACCUGUGGCUGAAGCCAAGGGGCCCGAGGUCUAGGCAAGGGGAGAGCCCACGACACUCUUAGGCCUGCCUUGGCAAGGCUUCUAAGGCAGCUGACCAUUCCUGGACGAGCUGGGCCCUGCACAGAGACAGAAACCCCACAACAUGCCACCUCACUCCCCGAUAGCCUGCGUGUCCCGGGCAUUGGCCCUUCUCCCUUGGCAAACACAGAACACUGUUCCUUCUCAGGGAUUGCUUAACCAGAGAAACAGAGCGUUUAUAGUCUUGUAAUAUACUAGAGUAUAUGUGUUGCCAAUUACAUUGUAAAGUUGCAACUAUUUAUAAUUCUGGUUUUAAUUUGAUGGGUACUUGAAGUAGAUGUGGGUGGGAAGAUACACUUGUUUUCUGAGGAGACUCAAUCAUUUCUCAGGUUUCCCUUGCAGAGUAUAAUGCUGUUGGCAGUGGAAGAACAGGGGUGGUUAACUUAGUGCUAUACUAAGUUCCUCCCGGGCUGGAGGAACUUUCUCUUCUGCUUUCCAGUAA